AUGAAGCCCAGUGACGGGGUUGAACAAGGGCUUGGCAUUGAUAAUCAUAAGUUCUUUGAGUCGCUUCUAGCGCUGUUAGCUGCAGAGCGCUCUACAUCUGCUCAGAGCCUGAUUUCUUUGAGACAAAUUUACCUCAAGCGACUUCAUAUCGCAAGCCCGAUUAUCGUUCCAGCUGUCUUUAAUCAUUCUCUAGAAAGAGCCCGAAAAUCUAACCAACGACCCAAGAAACUUGUUAUGCAAUUCAUAAAGAAGUUAAGCGAAAAAGACUCGACUAACAAGAAAGUAAUCCUAACCGAACCACCUUCUAAUCGUUCAACUGCAAUGCAAGCAGAUCCACCAGCGAUCAAACCGAACAUCUCUAUGACGCGAAAAAAUCCACCGACGGAUGCUGCAGCCAGCUCUGGUUCUCUACCCAGAGCUCUGUCAGGGGAACGGCCUGAAUCACAAAAAGCUAGGCAACAGAUCGGUGCGACUGCAGCAGCCCAAGGGCCUGCUUCUGGUAAGACUCCGCCAUGGACGUCAUCUUUGCCUAGAGAACCCGAGGGACGUCCAGGAAAGUCUUCGCCAGCAAAACAGAACCUGAACAAGGUCUCAGCGAAGCCAACCAGUGUCGGUCAGAAGGCGAACCAGAAGCAGAGCCGUAGCAAAAGCCAGCCUGCACUGUCCCACAAACUGAAGGUACAAGAAACUCCUGUCAGUUCGUUAGAGGCGCCUCAAAUGCAGCGGAGUUCAGCCCAGAAAAAUCUGGGCACAAAGUCACAGCCUGCAAGUGCAGCGAAGCUGCGACCUGUCCAACAAACUCUGGUUACGCCCCCAUUAACGCCUACAGCAGCUCCAGCUCCUGACAAAACCUCCCAGAAUCGGGCUCCAGAACUGCAGAAUGUCUUUCGGUCAGAGAGGAGCGCCCUCCAAUUGGGACCAUCUUCUCUGGGCUCACCACUACAAAAUCGGAGAAAAACUCCACGAAGUUCUCAGAGCACUACCGACAGCGCUCCACCACGAACACUGUCAGCAAAGUCAUCCACCAGCAAAUCAGCUUCGGACAGUUCUGGAGAGAGACCACUGCCCGAAUUUCCCUCAAAAGAGGAUUCACCCCACUUAUCUCGAAGUGUUUCAAAUGAAUCUUUGUCUCAGGAACUAAAAUCGCCUGAAUUCCAGGCGUGA